AUGCCUUACGCUCCAGGUGACGCUGGCAAGGGUGCUGCUAUCUUCAAGCGAAGUUGUGCUUUGUGCCACACCGCCGGUGCUGGCGAGCCCAACAAGGUUGGGCCUAACUUGCAUGGUCUUUUCGGUCGCAAGACUGGCUCCGUAGAAGGUUUCUCGUACACGGCGGCCAACGUGAAGAAGGGUGUUAUUUGGGGAGAGGACACUCUUUUCGCUUACCUUGAGAACCCCAAAAAGUACAUCCCAGGAACCACAAUGGCUUUCGUUGGUCUCAAGAAGGAGAAGGACAGGAAUGACCUCAUUACAUACUUGAAGGAAGCGGUACGUUAUUUUCCCGGAAUAGCUGUGAUCUCCAAUGCCAACGAUUUGUUCCCGCUCCAGACGGCCUAA